UAUCCCUAGGUUCACACUUAUGCGGCCAGACGGGCCGUGUUUUUCAUGGGCACGAGAGCCCAUUUAUUUGAAUGGACUCCCGUGCCCCGUGACACGCAGGGAAAACUACCCUGUACUACUUUGGAAAACGCAGCCCGCACGGGAGCCUCGGUUCCCAGCACGGUUGCGUUUCCCAGUGCGGGUGGCGUGCCAUUAGAACUAAUGUCACCCGCCCGUGGGUCUGCAAUUCUCUGUUCAGGUGGUGCGGCUGCACAGAUUUUUGUGUGGAUCCGCAGCGGCACCACCCGCAUAGAUGUGAACCGGGGGUAAAUAACAAUCUUAAAAGAUUACUCUGUCACCCUAGAUGCAAAAAGUUCCACUCUCUCCCCUGAAAAUCCAAAGUCAA